AUGGGUUCCAGCCAGGUCAUGUGGCUGGAUUACCAGGGUGGAUUGAAGGAUGUACACUGCUUCGGGAACGAGUCCAAUAUUUUGGAAUGCAAUCACAGCAGAUAUCAAGUUCGUCUCAUUGGUGGUUACUACCCAUCUGAGGGCAAGGUUGAAGUUUUCCAUCGAGGAACUUGGAAGCCAAUCUGUAACGAUCAAUGGGGUAUCACUGAAGCACAGGUCGUCUGUAGAGAGCUUGGACUAGGAACAGUUAAAAGUCUAGAUGUAGGGAUCACCGAUAUUGAGGGCAAGGGCGGCAGCUGCUUGACUGAUAUACAUUGCAGAGGGAAUGAAUCCAGUAUAUUCGACUGUCUUGGUUCAACCUUAGGGGAAGACAUGUGCAAUUCAUCCCGUUUGGCAGAAGUACGAUGUUCAGUGGGAGUACGUCUUGUUGGUGGUGAAAGUCACCAUGAAGGCCAAGUCCAGGUUUUCUACCAGUCUCGGUGGAUCCCAACAUGCGGGAACCGAUGGAAUUCUUUUAAUAUUCACGUGAUCUGCAGAAAUGCAGCUUUAAGUCUGGUGGGUGGAGGCAAUAUGUUCGAAGGCAAGAUAUUGUACUACCACUACGAACAAUGGCGAUCCGUCUGCAGUGAAAAGUGGAAUAUGCCAAACGCUGACAUUUUCUGCAGAAGUCUUGGUUACGGGAAUGCGCAAAGCAUCAUCGUAUCCAAUACAGAAAAUAAAACCCAUGACGAUGUCACACUUGAUAACGUGUACUGUACUGGAACUGAAGAUAGUUUUUUCGACUGUCCUGGAGUUGGUGACGGAUCUCUUGAAUGCAACCGAACAGGAGACCCAAGAGUGGUAUGUUCUGGAGGUAUGUAUGACUAG